GUACAGGAAUGUGAUGUUGGAGAAUUACAGCAACCUUGAGUUCCUAGGUCUUGCUGUCCCUAAGCCACACCUGGUGACAUUUCUGGAGCAAAAACAAGAGCCUUCAGGAGUGAAGAGACAAGCAGCAGCCACCGUGUAUCCAGAGUUUGACAGCAGACUCCUGCCAGGAGGAUCUCUACAUCAAUGUGAGCAUGGUUGGCUUCAUAAAGCCAAACCCACAAUUCCAUCAUAGAGAUCCAGGCAUGACAGAGGCUCACCAGUUUCAGUUCUGAUGAUCAGAACAAUUUGGGAGUGAGUAGCAGUUGAAUGAAGAUCAGACACACUUUGGAUAGUUCAUUCCCCACUGAACUUAGGGAAGAUUCAAAGCAUUAACAUACUGUAAAAGGGAUUCUGUUGGGACAUUGGGUACACUAAUUUAAGGGAUGCUGUUUUCUUUUUCAACACUUUUACCACUAGUUGGUUCAGUAGGGCCUGUCCAUUUACCUAGGAGGAGUAGGACAGGAUGACCAACAAGUCCCUACACUGUUGAUUCAGGGAUGCCCAUCAACCACUUUGGAUAUAGUGAUUGUGUGCAUCUUGUUCAUGACAGUAGAGUUGGAUCUUUUAGCUAGUCAUAAGGCUCCCUCUACAAUGAUUGAAAUUUUUGCUGGGUAUAGUAGUCUGUGUUGGCAUCCUUAGUCUCUUAGGGUCUGUAGAACAUAUAUCCAGGGCCUUCUGUCAAUAUUUAGAAGGCAGCAAAUGGCCAAAAACACUUAAGCCAUUUGCCUUAGCCAUCAGGGAAAUGCCAAUCAAAACAACUGUGAGAUACCAUCUUACCCCUGUACUGAAGAUCAAAAACACUGAUGACAGCUUAUGCUGGAGAGGAUGUGGAGAAAGGGAAACAAUCCUCCAUUGUUGGUGGGACUGCAAACUUGUACAACCUCUGUGAAAAUCAGUAGAGCCAAUUCCCAGAAAAUUGGGACUCAAUCUACCUCAAGACCCAGCAAUACCACUCUUGGGCAUAUGCCCAAAGGAGGCACACUCAUACCGAGAGGACAUUUGCACAACUGUGUUCAUAGCAGCAUUAUUUCUAAUAGCCGGAACCUGGAAACAACAUAGAUAACUCCCAACUGAAAAAUGGGAACAACAACCAAUAAUUACAAUGUUUACAACAAGACCAUUGAUUGUAACUCAGUAAGCAUUCAACACAAGAGAAUUUAUACAAAGGAAAAACCAUGCAAGUGCAAAGAAUGUGGUAAAGGCCUUAGUUCUUAUAGAACACUUUCUAUACACCAGAGACUUCAUAGGAGGAAGAAAACUUACAAGUGUGAGGAGUGUGGUAAGGUCCUUAGAUCUUCUAAAACACUUUCUAUACACCAGAGACUUCACACUGGAGAAAAACCCUACAAGUGUAAAGAAUGUCAUAAGGCCUUCAGUACAUGCUCAUCACUUUUUAUACACCAGAAAAAUCAUACUGAUGAAAAACCCUAUAAGUGUGAAGAAUGUGGCAGAUCAUUUUACUAUCCUUCAAUGCUGAAGCAACAUCAAAGAAUUCAUUCUGGAGAGAAACCCUACAAGUGUGAAGAAUGUGGCAGAGCUUUUUAUGAUCCUUCGUUCCUUAAGAGUCACCAAAAGAUUCAUAAUGGAGAGAAACCCUACAAGUGUGAUGAAUGUGGCAGAGCCUUUCGUUAUCACUCAAACCUUAAGAACCACAAGGCAGUGCACACUGGAGAGAAACUCUACCAUCGUAAACUGAGUAGAAAAGGAUUUGAGAACAAGCCAGCUCGUAUUGCAGAGAAAACCUACAAGUGUGGAGAGUGUGGCAAGUGUUUUGCACUUUCUGCGUCCCUUUCACGACAUCAAAGAAUACACUCUGAAGACAAGUCCCACAAAUGUGCAGAGUGUGGCAAAACGUUUUACCUCUUUUCAAUCCUUCAAGAACAUCAGAGAGUCCAUACUGGAGAGAAACCAUAUAAGUGUGAUGAGUGUGGCAAAUGUUUUUUCUCAGCUUCAUCCCUUAAACGACAUCAAAGAAUUCACUGUGAUGACAAUCCUUACAAGUGUGAAGAGUGUGGCAGGUGUUUUCACUCAUGGUCAGCCCUUAGAGUUCAUCAUCUAGUUCAUUCUGGAGAGAAACCAUACAAGUGUGAAGAAUGUCACAAAGCCUUUCGUUAUCACGUAAGCCUUAAGAACCACAGGGCUGCUCAUACUAGAGAGAAAAUCUACAAGUGUGAACUGAGUAGAAAAGGAUUUACUAACCCUGCUCUGCUCAUUGAGGACAAGACAGCUCAUACUGCAGAGAAAGCCUACAAGUGUGAAGAGUGUGGUAAAUGUUUUGCAUCUUCUGCAUCCCUUACACACCAUCAAAAAAUACACUCUGAAGACAAGUCCCACAAGUGUGCAGAGUGUGGCAAAAGGUUUUGUUCCUUUUCACACUUUCAAGAUCACCAGAGAGUCCAUACUGGGGUGAAACCAUACAAGUGUGAGGAGUGUGACAAAUGUUUUUUCUCAUCGUCAUCCCUUAGAAAACAUCAAAGAAUUCACUGUGAUGACAAUCCUUACAAGUGUGAAGUGUGUGGCAGGUGUUAUCACUCAUGGUCAGACCUUAGAGGACACGAGACAGUUCAUACUGGAGAGAAACCAUACAAGUGUGAAGAAUGUCACAAAGCCUAUGGGCAUAUAUCAUCCCUUAGGAGACACAGGAGAGUUCACACUGCAGAGAAACCCUGCAGUAAUGACUUCUCUUUGCAGUAACCCCCAACAGUUUGUUUCAGCAGUGUGUUUGAAACAUGUCUUGAUUAGUGAGUCUCUUUCUUCUGUAACUGUAAAUAUUCCAUGAAACCAUUACCGAGUCACAAUUAUGUCUAUUGUUUGUCUGGAAUCUUGGCUGUGGCAUACUUCCUGUUGUUUUUCCCAGUGGAGUCAAUAGAACUCUUGGAAUAUCUCCCCUGGUGUGUAGGAAGGUCUUGUCUCUCUGAGGUAGCAGGUUUUCACCCCGAAUCUGGCUCCUGAAUUCUUAUUGGUAAAAUAAAAAGAUAGACCUUAGUUACCCCAACCUGAAAGACCUUGGGUCUUAGGUGUCAGGAGCAAAGCAGCAGCAGCUGCAGAGGACCAGUCAUCAGGUGAGGCAGCGAGAGUGUCAAUUGCAGCUGCUGUGCCUUAGAUAAAAACAACAGUGUCUGUAAUGCAAUAAUGGCAGAAAGUUAUGAGACUAAUCAGUCAUUUUCUGACUGGAUUUAAAACUCAUUCCACAAACGGUAACUGAUGUGAUACUAAUUUGGUGAGAUACUUCUGCCUGGCUAGGUGGUAAGCCCUAGGAAGAAUGUAAUGUUAAUUAAAAUUAAUUCUACUAAGUAGAUACAGUAAAUGAACCUAAGUUCUCAUCUUUAUAACCACAUAGUUAGGCACCUCUCAGCACCCACCAGAAAAUAUUGUGCUGUAGAUGAAGAAUAAACAGAGAUGCAAAUUAGUCAAAAUACACACAAUAUUAGCCUGUGGAGAGCCUCAAUCUAAAAGUGACACCUGUGUCACACAAUGUAAAAGAAGUUCCUUCCACACAUCUAAAGCCCAAAGUCAUAGAUUCCUGAGGAAAUAGAGGGAGAAAGACUGUCAGAGCCAGAUAUAGUAGAUGUCUGCUGUGUGACUGUAGAAAUGUUGAAACAUUUCUAGAACACUGAAACAUUGCUAGACAUGUCAGUACCAUCUCAUGCUUACACAUGCUGUGGCUGUUACUACCUAGACAACACUUACAAUAAGCAUGGUUGCAUAAGUCUUCACUGUAUUUCACUCUGAGUGGAGAAGCUAUUGGCAGUUGAUGGCUUCUGAGUGAGAGAGUCCUCUGAGAGUAUUCCAGGGUCCUGUCAACUGUCCUACAUCCCUACACAUGGAGGGAGCACUAAGUGGAAUAAAGAAACAAACAAAAAAAAAAAGAACAAAAACAAAAAAAUUAGCCAAAUAUGUUGGGAGACUUAAGUGCUUUUAAGGGUUAUGCCUAAUAAGUGAAAGAAUGUGGAGAUUUGAAUAAGACAUUCAACACCUAUGUAUUAAAUUUUUCCAAUAAUAUCAUUUUAAACCCUGUUGCUUUUACACAUACCCAGCUUAAUCUGUUUUUAACAGUGAUUACAGCUCAUGGUUGUGGCUGGCAUAAAGUUUACAGAACAAAAGCAUCCUUCUGGGAAGGCCUUGUAAUCUGUUUUAGCAGUGAUUACAGCUCAUGGUUGUGGCUGGCAUAAAGUUUACAGAGCAAAAGCAUCCUUCUGGGAAGGCCUUGUGAAGUGGCAAGUGAGAAGACUUCCAGUAUGGCUCCGAUGCUUGGGACUAAGGGGCCCCCACUGUCAUGUAACUUCAAGGAAGAGACAAGUAUGGCUAUGCCAAGAGAUGUGUGACCAGACUCACCUUGUAUGUUCCAGUUGGCUUUGCCAUGAGUGUAACAGAGGAAUGAUGAGCAGUGGCCUCCUUACCCUCCCUUCCCUCCCUCCUGCAUUCAUAGAGAUCACAGCUUUUUUUGUUGCUCAUUUUAGAGUUGGAAGGAAGUGUACCAGUCAACUGAUUUUGCUGUGUAGAAAGUUAGAAGACCACACAACCAUACCUUCCAUCAUUGAGUUUUUUAAAAAAGUCUAUUAACAUGUAAAUGUCAUAUGCACAUUAGAGAAAACAGAGACAUGAAUAAACCUCUAGAUUACAUGGCAAAGAGA